CGUCCUUUCUUCUUCCCACUCAUUCUCAACUUCUCCGCACACUCUUCCGGACGCUUGGCAGGAUGGCAACGGCAGCUGUUGGCUCGAUGGGCAGACCGAGGCUGGCACUCGCAGCUCAAGCUGCCGCCUCCUCAUCAUCAUCAUCAGCAGCAUCACCAAUCGCCUCCUCUUCGCGCCUUCCUCGCAGCAUACAUUCAGUUGCACCUUCCUCAUCUCCUCGUGCCCCUCAACCUAGCCAACCAUCCAGUACCCGACGUCCCUUGCAAAGAUCUUCGCACGUUCUCAACGCACAUGGUGACGCUAAUUUGCGAGGGUUCUUUGACUCUCUUGGUCCCCGACAGCGCCGAACCAAAGCCCUCUACGUUGCGCUUCUUAGGUCCCUGUCGUCCCGCAAAGAAGAUCAAGACCCCUCCGCGAUUUGGCGCCUCUACACGGCCAUCUGCGCUCGUUCUCUUCAGGGCGAUAACAUGGCAGAUGGUAUCGCUCCUCGAUUUCAUCGGCUGGUGCUCAUGACGGUCAGCCCAAGUCAUGCGAGGGAGGCAACGAAGAGGAGUAGGAAGAGGGCGCGUCAGAGUGAGAGGAGGGAGAAGGAGAAGGAGAAGGAAGAUGAAGACCUGUCAGAGCAGGACAGAAGGCUCACCGCCAUGCUGGCGCCAAGGGUCAAGGCAGAUGCCAAUCAGAGUGGCUCCGUUCUAGCGUCGAGCUCACCUCGGGAGGCGAAAGAGUACUCACGCAAAGUGGACUUCGUUAUCGAGCAGCUGGAUAGGGCGGCUGCGCGAGGCGAGGAAGAUGCUGCGCUCAACCUCAUCCACUACAACAGCAUCUUGCUCGAAGCGGGCAACACCGGCAAUGUUGACCUCGCUCGUUCGAUUUGGCGGCGCAUGACCAACGUGUCCGGAAUUGAGCCAGAUGCAGACUCGUACCGCUCCUACCUCUUGGCGCUACACACCUCCGUACGAGCGCUCCCCGUGGAACCGCGGAACGCUACCUCUGGCGCCGCUAGGGACCGUCACGUAGCGGUGCUCUCGCGCUGCGCCGAUACGGCUCUUGGCCUCGUUCGAAAGAUGGGCCAGGACAACAUCCGCGUAAAGGAUGAGGAGCUCCUCUGGCUAGUGGAUAUGCAGGCACGAGCUGGCCGAGUCGACAGGAUCAGAUCAAUUCUGAAAGAGCGAUUCGGCGUCGAUCUGGGCGCUAGCAGCUUCAUGCCGAGUGGGGCCUCGUUGAUGUUCCAAGCUGAUGGGCGGGCACCCUCGCUGUUCGGCGCGAUCGUGGACGCCUUGGGUGAGCUGGGGACGGUCAGUGAGAUGAUGGGCGCCUUUGAGACACUCAGAGUCGCUUCGAGCGACCCAGAAGUCGGAGCUGCAACGAUGGAGCAAAAUGAUGUGGUUGAGCUCAAGACCGACUUCAUUGGAACAUUCAGCCGUCUCUUCAAGGGAGAUGAGAGCGAGGCCGCCACUGCAGCCGCAGCUCGAGCCAACGCCGCCGACUCUUCUGCUUCGUUGGAGACAGCACCACCAGCCGAAGCCGCCAGCCUCGCUGAGGUGCGCCACAUCCUCACGCCUACGGCGUCCGUGUACAGAAAUCUUAUCAGGCACGCCAGCUUCCCCUCAGCAGCCUUGGAAAAGGAAGGGGCGAGUGCUGCUCAAACCGCAGAGGCUGCAGCUCGGGAACGAGGGCAGUACAUCCCCUUGGCUCGCUACUUGGUCGACGAAGCCCUGGAUGCUUAUGAGCUUGAGGUGCGAGACCUUGUGCGCAGCCUUGGAGCUACCGUGAAGGUGAGCGAGGAAGGGGCCGACACCUCACCUGAGAUCGUAUUCGACGGCAGCGACUCCUUCCUUCCCACCUUCGACAUUGCCAUGACGACAGCAAGUCGUGACCUUCUCCACCCAUUGCGCAGUCGGGCUCAACGUCUUCAGUCGGUGUCGCUACUCGACAUCGUGCUGCAAAAGACCCAGCGCGCCCGCGCGCUCCUCACACUCGAGCAUCAGCUCCUCACCUCUGCUUCGGUGCAUUGGCGUCAAGUUCUCACGCAACAAUCCCAAUACAACUCACGCCCCGCACAACGAAGACUGCGUCGCUUCUUCUCCGCCCUUCGUGCUCGCGAGGUCAUCCUUGAGUCGGAACUUGAGGGCUUGGAAGCUUGGACCGAGGAGCGCCUUAUGGGGCAGGUAGAGCGAUUGAAGCUCAAGAACGUAGCUAGGCAGGAGAGGCGAAAGGCUAGGGCUCAGUUGAGGGCUGAGGAGGAGGAGAGGACAAAAGCCGAAGGGGAGGCAAAGAAGAUUGCGGCAAAGCAGCAGAGAAUUCAGCAGUGGGAGGAGAAGCAGAAGGUUGAGCAGCACGCUGUGCUCGGUGAAGAUGCAGAGGGAGUUGCUGGGCAGGAGACGGUGGUGCGGGCUUCAUCCGCUGUGUAGGAAGGAUUGCGAGCUAGCACAUAAUCGCAUAGAGUGGAAAGACGAGUCGAUGGAUUGGUAUAGAAUGAUGUGAGAGUACAUGAGUGGUAAAGGGUGAUCUGAUGACAGUAGCAAAGAGGUGACGAGACGCAGCGAGACAGGGAACUGAC